GUUGUAUUACGCUUUGGGAACGGAUGCAGUGAAACUGGAAGAAUUUCGCUUUUUUAUUUACGAGCGACCAUCUGCGUUUCUGUUCCCAUCUCGCAAAGGCAGUUGCGUCACGCUAGAACGCGCACUGUCUGUUCUUUUGGAUUCGCCACAGGUGUACAGUACUGUAUUGGAUGUGAGUGCGGUGUGCGCCCUUGCGGAGUCAUUGGCCCUUGCGGAGGCAUUUGUUAAAAUGAUGAAUGGAUAUGCAGCAAAGUCAGGAGCUUUAGCGUUUGUGCCAUUUGACGUCUGUGCCGCAAUUCAACUGACGGAUGGUGGACGACAAUUGCUGCUCUCGUGGCUGGCAAAUCACCGUUGGUUAAUCAUGCUUCCACUUUCUUUUACGCUCCAACGCUUGACGGGCGUCACUUCUUCUGCGAUGUCGAUAUCUCCCUCGCUCCGGCAGCAGCCGUGCAUUUUUUUAUUUUAUGCGUUGCGUCGUGUGGGUCACGCAAAGGCCGCAUUUGUAACUGCCGCCUCGCCUGCCGCGGAACUGGCAAAGGCGGAAGGUGUGCACCCCGUCAUUACGGUUGAAGAGCUGAAAACACGUCUCGGUCUUCGUUGA